UCACCAGCCGCUCAAGCUCAACACAGACGAAAAUGGUGUCAGGAUCAGGGAUAUGUGCGAAGCGCGUUGUCGUCGACGCGCGCCACCACAUGCUUGGUCGUUUAGCUUCGAUCACCGCCAAAGAGCUUCUCAAUGGUCAGAAGGUUGUCAUUGUCCGGUGCGAAGAGAUUUGCCUCUCCGGUGGACUCGUUCGCCAGAAAAUGAAGUACAUGAGGUUUCUUCGUAAGCGUAUGAACACUAAACCUUCCCAUGGACCUAUUCACUUCCGUGCUCCUUCCAAAAUCUUCUGGCGUACUGUUCGUGGUAUGAUUCCACACAAAACAAAGCGUGGAGCUGCUGCACUUGCACGUUUGAAGGUAUUUGAAGGAGUUCCUACUCCAUAUGACAAGGUCAAGAGGAUGGUCAUCCCUGAUGCUCUCAAGGUCUUGAGGCUUCAAGCUGGUCACAAGUAUUGUCUUUUGGGCCGUCUUUCUUCUGAAGUUGGGUGGAACCAUUAUGACACCAUCAAGGAGCUCGAGGCAAAGAGGAAGGAGAGAGCUCAAGUUGUUUACGAGCGAAAGAAGCAAAUUAACAAACUUAGAGUUAAGGCCGAGAAGGUUGCUGAAGAAAAGCUCGGAGCUCAGCUCGAUAUUCUUGCACCAGUCAAGUACUGAGCUCAUCAGUAGUAGUUUUGUGUUUGCAUGUUUUUUGAGCGACCCAAUUACUUUUUUUACUUUUACUUAGGUCUUGUAUCGGAAUUUGUACUCCUAACAUUUUAGUUCUUGAGUUCUAUUUAUCUAAUUAUCGCGUAGCAAAA